CGUUGAGAACCGUGAACUCGGAGAAUACGCACCUGGAUAAGAAGUGACCAACUGCUGAUUUAUUAAAGCAGAAAACUAAAAAAGCAGAAAAUAAUGAGAUAACCGUUCUCAUCUCCAGCUCAUCAAUCAUAUCUCCAAUAUAGAUAUCGGAUCCAACAGGGGAGCAUAUUGUUAAAGAAAAAAGAUGGAGGUGAAACAGGUAGCAGCAAUCGUAGCUGUAAUAUGUGUGGGUCUAGGGUUAGCAUGGAAGGCUCUUUUGAGCGUAUCUCUAAUAGAUCCUUUGCCUUUUGACCUUCCUCCGUCUCCAGAGAAAGUGGGAGUCUUGUCUUACAACAACAGACUCCACUCGGCAUUCAAGCUUGCUUUUGGGCAGGUGUUGGGACCAGAGGAUCUGGCAGUUGAUUCUCAAGGAAGACUGUAUACGGCUUGUGCAGAUGGCUGGAUUAAACGCAUCUCCUUUGAGAGUAACGACUCAUACUCCUCUCUGCAGGUUGAGAAGUGGGCAUACGUUGGAGGGCGUCCAUUGGGCAUUGCUCUUGGUCUCCAUGGAGAGUUAUUAGUCUGCGAAUCUUACAGGGGACUGCUAAAUGUGACAGAGGGUAAAGUGGAGCUGCUGUCUGGGGAAGCUGAGGGAUUGUCUUACAGGCUUGCAGAUGGAGUAGAUGUAGGCAAAGACGGGAUCGUUUAUUUCACAGACGCCAGCUACAAAUACGGAUUGGAUAUGCAUAUAAUAGAUAUCAUCGAGGGCCGACCUCGCGGCCGGCUGCUCAAAUAUGAUCCUGCAACAACACUACUUCUCAGAGAACUAUAUUUUGCCAAUGGAGUUGCGCUCUCCCCCAAGCAGGAUUUCCUCGUCUUCUGUGAAACAUCAAUGUUCCGGUGUCGGAAGUUCUGGCUGCAAGGGCCCAAGAAAGGUAACACAGAAUCGUUUGUUGACAGGCUUCCCGGAGUUCCCGAUAACGUCCGAUAUGACGGACGAGGCAUCUUCUGGAUUGCACUUCCAACGAGCUGGAAUCUGUUGGGCAGGACAAUGAUAAGAUACUCUUUUCUGAGGCACUUGGUUGUAGCGAUGGCAGCAGUGGCGCCACAUGUGAUAGAUUCAACCCUAAUAAAUGAAGCGAGCGUUUUGGGUGUAAACGAAAAUGGGGAGGCGGUUGCACUUUUCUCUUAUCCCGGUAUCACCAUGAUCACCGCAGGGUUGAGAGUUGGAGAGUUUCUUUACUAUGGGGGUCUUCAUCUCGAAUACAUCGGUCGCCUUCAUAUCGGAGCAAAACUAUGAAAAAGGUUGAUCCAGCUCCGACACAGAACUCUACCCUAGCCAUUCUCCCAAGAGGAUUUCGUCUACUUGGGUUGAAGUACCUGAGUCCAUAUUUAAGAGUCAGGUUGAUUUUGCUCCAUAAAAGUAGGAUAAUUAGUUUCUAAAUUAUUAUGCGUUUGACAAUUGAAUGUAUGAUGUUCAUUGUAUUUUUCUAUGAUGUCUAUGCUUUGUAUUUUUUUUCUAAAUUAUUAUGCAUGGUUUGACAAUUGAAUGUAUGAUGUUCAUUGUAUUUUUCUAUGAUGUCUAUGUUUUGUAUUUUUCUUU